AAGUAACGUCACGUUCGCGCUACGUAUAAUCCACGUCUAAACAAAAAUUUAUUUAAGUAAAAUAACCGGCAAGUCAAUUUUAUUAGUUAUAAUGAGUUCUUGGGUACAAUAUAUUAAAUCUAUUCCAACGCAUAUGGAUUAUGAUGGUCAAGCUCGAUCAGAAAGUUUGUCAAGAGUCAUUAUAACAUUAUUUGGGGUGGUUGGAUUAAUUUGGGGAUAUGUUAUUCAGCAAUUUUCUCAAACAAUGUACAUAUUAGGAGCAGGAUUUGUAUUGGCAGCUAUAAUUACAGUACCACCAUGGCCUAUGUAUCGCCGUAAACCUUUAGAUUGGCAAAAACCACAAUCCGAGGUUACAGUCAAACAGAAAAAGAAGAAAUAGUUUUCUAUUUAUAACUGUAUUUAACAAUACUUUGUUAUAAAGUGUUAUAUAAUAAUAUUUGUUGGUGCGAAACAUAUACAUAUUUAUAUCUUAUUAUCAUUUUUCAUGGAAAAACAUGUAAUACCUAUAAUUGUAUAAUUUAUGAAAAAGAACUGCAAUAAGAAAUAUCACUUUUA